CUUGUGAACUGGACUGAACCAAUAGGAGAAAAAUCUUUCUUUAAAGUACAGUGGAGUAAUGACAGCGUCACUUUGAAUUCGACAACCUCAGACAGGUUCUUUAACAUUACUAAUCUCAAUCCUGGAGUCAAUUACACCAUCCUGAUAUCUGCUGUUGCUGCAGACAAUAUAACAGAAGGAGAAGCAUUUGGUCUUUCAGUCUAUACAAAGCCUGAGACUGUUAGCAGUCUCACAGUACUUAAUGUUACAAACUCCUCUAUAUUACUGAACUGGACUGAGGCAAUGGGCAAAAUCUCCUAUUAUGUAAUCCAAUAUGAGAAUUUCAGUACAACAAUCAAUAAGACUACUGAAAUCACUGGGAUUGACAUAACUAAUCUGGCUCCUGGAGUGCAGUACACAUUCAAAGUGUUUGCAGUUGCUGCAGAUAAUAAAACAGAAGGAAAUUACAGCUGCAUUUCAGCCUACACAAAACCUGAUGCAGCAAGUGACCUCAUUGUAACUGAAAUUACAACAAGCUCAUUGCUUGUGAACUGGACUGAACCAAUAGGAGAAAAAUCUUUCUUUAAAGUACAGUGGAGUAAUGACAGCGUCACUUUGAAUUCGACAACCUCAGACAGGUUCUUUAACAUUACUAAUCUCAAUCCUGGAGUCAAUUACACCAUCCUGAUAUCUGCUGUUGCUGCAGACAAUAUAACAGAAGGAGAAGCAUUUGGUCUUUCAGUCUAUACAAAGCCUGAGACUGUUAGCAGUCUCACAGUACUUAAUGUUACAAACUCCUCUAUAUUACUGAACUGGACUGAGGCAAUGGGCAAAAUCUCCUAUUAUGUAAUCCAAUAUGAGAAUUUCAGUACAACAAUCAAUAAGACUACUGAAAUCACUGGGAUUGACAUAACUAAUCUGGCUCCUGGAGUGCAGUACACAUUCAAAGUGUUUGCAGUUGCUGCAGAUAAUAAAACAGAAGGAAAUUACAGCUGCAUUUCAGCCUACACAAAACCUGAUGCUGCAAGUGACCUCAUUGUAACUGAAAUUACAACAAGCUCAUUGCUUGUGAACUGGACUGAACCAAUAGGAGAAAAAUCUUUCUUUAAAGUACAGUGGAGUAAUGACAGCGUCACUUUGAAUUCGACAACCUCAGACAGGUUCUUUAACAUUACUAAUCUCAAUCCUGGAGUCAAUUAUACCAUCCUGAUAUCUGCUGUUGCUGCAGACAAUAUAACAGAAGGAGAAGCAUUUGGUCUUUCAGUCUAUACAAAGCCUGAGACUGUUACCAUUCUCACAGUACUUAAUGUUACAAACUCCUCUAUAUUACUGAACUGGACUGAGGCAAUGGGCAAAAUCUCCUAUUAUGUAAUCCAAUAUGAGAAUUUCAAUACAACAAUCAAUAAGACUACUGAAAUCACUGGGAUUGACAUAACUAAUCUGGCUCCUGGAGUGCAGUACACAUUCAAAGUGUUUGCAGUUGCUGCAGAUAAUAAAACAGAAGGAAAUUACAGCUGCAUUUCAGCCUACACAAAACCUGUACUCACAGAACCUGAUGCUGCAAGUGACCUCAGUGUAACUGAAAUUACAACAAGUUCAUUGCUUGUGAACUGGACUGAACCAAUAGGAGAAAAAUCUUUCUUUAAAGUACAGUGGAGUAAUGACAGCAUCACGUUGAAUUCAACAACCUCAAACAGGUUCUUUAACAUAACUAAUCUCAAUCCUGGAGUCAAUUACACCAUCAUGAUAUCUGCUGUUGCUGCAGACAAUAUAACAGAAGGAGAAGCAGUUGGUCUUUCAGUCUAUACAAAGCCUGAGACUGUUAGCAGUCUCACAGUACUUAAUGUUACAACCUCCUCUAUAUUACUGAACUGGACUGAGGCAAUGGGCAAAAUCUCCCAUUAUGUAAUCCAAUAUGAGAAUUUCAGUAUGACGAUCAAUAAGACUACUGAAAUCACUGGGAUUGACAUAACUAAUCUGACUCCUGGAGUGCAGUACACAUUCAAAGUGUUUGCAGUUGCUGCAGAUAAUAAAACAGAAGGAAAUUACAGCUGCAUUUCAGCCUACACAAACCCAAAUGCUGUCACCAAUCUCACUGUCUCUAACAAAACUACAUCAUCUGUGUCUCUAACCUGGAAUGAGCCACCUGGGAACAGGUCCUACUUUACAGUAAAUUGGAUUGGUGGCAGUGUGAAUAACAGCAGUAACACUUCAAACACGUCUUACACUGUCACUGGUCUGACUGCUGGAGUGAACUACACAUUCACUGUUACUGCAGUUGCUGCAGACGGACAAACUGCAGGAGCACCAACUCAAACCUCAAUAUGCACAACACCAGAUGUUGUCUCCAGUCUCACUGUCUCUAACAAAAGCACAUCAUCUGUGUCCCUAACUUGGAAUGCGCCACCUCAGAGCAGGUUGUACUUUACAGUAAAUUGGACUGGUGGCAGUGUGAAUAACAGCAAUAACACUUCAAAUACGUCUUACACUGUCACUGGUCUGACUGCUGGAGUGAACUACACAUUCACUGUUACUGCAGUUGCUGCAGAUGGAACUACAGGAGCACCAACUCAAACCUCAGCAUUCACAAACCCAAAUGCUGUCACCAAUCUCACUGUCUCUAUCAAAACCACAUCAUCUGUGUCUCUAACCUGGAAUGAGCCACCUGGGAACAAGUCCAACUUUACAGUAAAUUGGACUGAUGGCAGUGUGAAUAACAGAAGUAACACUUCAAACAUGUCUUACACUGUCACUGGUCUGACUGCUGGAGUGAACUACACAUUCACUGUUACUGCAGUUGCUGCAGAUGGACAAACUGCAGGAGCACCAACUCAAAUCUCAGCAUUCACAAAGCCAAAUGCUGUCACCAAUCUCACUGUCUCUAUCAAAACCACAUCAUCUGUGUCUCUAACCUGGAAUGAGCCAUCUGGGAGCAGGUUGUACUUUACAGUAAAUUGGACUGAUGGCAGUGUGAAUAACAGCAGUAACACUUCAAACACGUCUUACACUGUCACUGGUCUGACUGCUGGAGUGAACUACACAUUCACUGUUACUGCAGUUGCUGCAGAUGGACAAACUGCAGGAGCGCCAACUCAAACCUCAGCCUUCACAAAGCCAAAUGCUGUCAACAAUCUCACUGUCUCUACCAUAAAUACAUCAUCUCUGUCUCUAACCUGGAAUGAGCCACCUGGGAACAGGUCCUACUUUACAGUAAAUUGGACUGAUGGCAGUGUGAAUAACAGCAGUAACACUUCAAACACGUCUUACACUGUCACUGGUCUGACUGCUGGAGUGAAGUACACAUUCACUGUUACUGCAUUUGCUGCAGAUGGAACUACAGGAACACCAACUCAAACCUCAGCAUUCACAAACCCAAAUGCUGUCACCAAUCUCACUGUCUCAAGCAAAACCACAUCAUCUGUGUCUCUAACCUGGAAUGAGCCACCUGGGAACAGGUCCUACUUUACAGUAAAUUGGACUGAUGGCAGUGUGAAUAACAGCAUUAACACUUCAAACACGUUUUACACUGUCACUGAUCUGACUGCUGGAGUGAAGUACACAUUCACUGUUACUGCAGUUGCUGCAGAUUCACAAACUACAGGAGCACCAACUCAAACCUCAAUAUGCACAAAGCCAAAUACUGUCACCAAUCUCACUGUCUAUAACAAAACUACAUCAUCUGUGUCUCUAACCUGGAAUGAGCCACCUGGGAACAGGUCCUACUUUACAGUAAACUGGACUGAUGGCAGUGUGAAUAUCGGCAGUAACACUUCAAACACGUCUUACACUGUCACUGGUUUGACUGCUGGAAUGAACUACACAUUCACUGUUACUGCAGUUGCUGCAGAUUCACAAACUGCAGGAGCACCAAAUCAAACCUCAGCAUUCACAAAGCCAAAUGCUGUCACCAAUCUCACUGUCUCUAACAAAACUACAUCAUCUGUGUCUCUAACCUGGAAUGAGCCACCAGGGAACAGGUCCUACUUUACAGUAAAUUGGACUGGUGGCAGUGUGAAUAACAGCAGUAACACUUCAAACACGUCUUACACUGUCACUGGUCUGACUGCUGGAGUGAACUACACAUUCACUGUUACUGCAGUUGCUGCAGAUGGCCAAACUGCAGGAGCACCAAAUCAAACCUCAGUAUGCACAAAGCCAAAUGCUGUCACCAGUCUCACUGUUUAUAACAAAACUACAUCAUCUGUGUCUCUAACCUGGAAUGAGCCACCUGGGAACAGGUUGUACUUUACAGUAAAUUGGACUGGUGGCAGUGUGAAUAACAGCAGUAACACUUCAAACACGUCUUACACUGUCACUGGUCUGACUGCUGGAGUGAACUACACAUUCACUGUUACUGCAGUUGCUGCAGAUGGACAAACUGCAGGAGCACCAAAUCAAACUUCAGCAUUCACAAAACCUGUACUCACAGAACCUGAUGCUGCAAGUGACCUCAGUGUAACUGAAAUUACACCAAGCUCAUUGCUUGUGAACUGGACUGAACCAAUAGGAGAAAGAUCUUUCUUUAAAGUACAGUGGAGUAAUGACAGCAUCACUUUGAAUUCAACAACCUCAAACAGGUUCUUUAACAUUACUAAUCUCAAUCCUGGAGUCAGUUACACCAUCCUGAUAUCUGCUGUUGCUGCAGACAAUAUAACAGAAGGAGAAGCAGUUGGUCUUUCAGUCUAUACAAAGCCAGACAUCGUCAGAAAUCUCACAAUCUCUGUCAGAACAACAUCUGUAUUUCUGGACUGGAAUAAACCAUUAGGAGAGAGCUCUUUCUUUAGAGUGCGAUGGACAAACAGUAGUACAACUCCUGCAACUGAUUUUAACAUCACUGAUCUAACCCCUGGAACAAAUUACACAUUUACAGUCUCAGCUGUUGCUGCUGAUAAUAAAACAGAAGGAUCACUGGUUGGCCUUUCCACUUGUACAGAUGCAAGUCCUGUCUUUGACAUAAUCUGCAAAGGACCAAAUCGCACUUCACCAGCUUUGCUGAACUUAACAUGGACGAAUCCUCCGGGCAACAACCAAGGAUUUAACAUCAGUCUCAAUCAAACACCCAGUGUCUUUAUUUUACCUUGUAGUCCUGUCUGUAACCACAUUUUUUCUGAAAACCUCCAAUACUUCAGCACUUACAGUGUGAUUAUUUCAACCCUUGGAUGUGGUGAGAGUGGUACAUGGGACUUUAAGUGCACAACAGGCAUUACAGACCCAUCAGUUCCCAGUAAUCCAGGAGAUGUAGCAAUCAUCGUCUCUCCAAUAAGCCAGACUGUAGUAAAGCUACAAUUCAAUACUAGUCUUCUACAUAGUACUAAUGGACCAAUUAAAGCCUAUGGUGUUCUGCUCUCAACUGACCAGAAAAGUAAUAGCACCAGGAAUGACCUAACAAUGACCUAUAGUGAUUGGGUAAAAAAGAAGACCAAGACUUAUCUCACUGUUUUAAAACUAAAUGAAAAUAUAAUUUCCAGAAGCAACAUGAUUACGAUUGAAAUUGGAAGUAACAAUGUCUCAGAUGUAAUCAGUAAUACAGAUUAUACAAACGGACCUCUGACUAAUCAGGACUACAGGAUAGCCCUGGUUUUGUUCACCUACCUGGAAAUCAACAGUGGACUUGUGGACAUCCAACAAUCAAUCCUCUCUAUAACGCCUUUUGCCAGCAGUAUUGCACAUCCAUUGGAGCCUUCAUCAAAUACUAUUCCAAUUAUUUUGGGGGUGCUGUUGCCUAUCAUUGUUAUCUUGAUCAUCGCCAUCAUUGUCCUCGUCAUACAGAAAAGACGAACAACAAAGGACUAUUCAGAUAUUCCGAUCAACAACCUAAGAACAAAAAUUAGCAUUCCUGUGAGGGUGGAGGAUUUUGAGGCAUAUUUCAAAAAGCAGCAGUUGGAUUCCAACUGUGGCUUUGCUGAACAGUAUGAGGAUCUUAAGGUUGUUGGAACUGCUCAAACCAAGAAUAGUGCCCUUGCCAUGGAGAACAAGGGGAAGAAUCGCUACAAUAACGUACUACCUUAUGAUUCUUCAAGAGUUAAAUUAUCAAUACAUGGCAGCCCAUUUGAUGACUACAUCAACGCAAACUAUAUUUCAGGUUACAAUUCUAAGAAGGAGUACAUAGCAGCUCAAGGCCCACUACCAGCUACUGUGAACGAGUUCUGGAGAAUGAUCUGGGAAAAGAACACCCAUAGCAUAGUCAUGCUGACCAAGUGCUAUGAGCAAGGACGUGUUAAAUGUGAGAAAUACUGGCCACCGGAUAACAAGCUGUACAACAAUAUCCUUGUGACAACAACAUCAGAAAUUGAAUUGGAAGACUGGACUAUACGGGACUUCACUAUCAAGAAUGUGAAAACAGCGGAGACACGGAAUGUUCGUCAAUUCCAUUUUACGGCCUGGCCUGAUCAUGGCGUGCCGGAGACCACAGAGGUGCUCAUCAACUUCCGACACCUGGUCAGAGAGCACAUGGACAGCUUCUCCCGCAACGCUCCUGCUGUGGUGCACUGCAGUGCUGGUGUGGGGAGGACUGGGACUUUAAUUGCCCUCGAUCACCUGAUCUUUCAGAUUGAGAGGGAAAGCAUAGUAGACAUUUAUGGAAUUAUCCAUGACAUGCGCAUGCACAGGCCACUGAUGGUUCAGACGGAGGACCAGUACGUGUUCUUGAAUCAGUGCGCUUCUGACAUAAUUAAAUCAAGAAUGGGCACCAAUGUGGACCUAAUUUACCAGAAUGCAGCAGCAUUCUCUAUCUAUGAGAAUGUUCAAAGAUGAAGAAUGAAGGCAUUAAGCAGAAAUGGAUUACAGGUGACGUUUAGCUUGGGGUCAGAACAGCAGGGAAAUUUGGUAGGAUUUUGUCAAAUCUGCAUGAGCCAUUUCAUUAUUUAACUGAAUGUCACAACAACAUGGCGUUCGCUGACAAAUAUGUUUAUCUAGUAUGCUUUAAUUUAAGUUAAUAUGCUUAUUAAUUUUUUUUUACUCUAGAUUGUGAGACAAAAUUGUACUUAGAUAAUAUUCUUCAUAAAAUUGUUGCUCUGAAAUUAUGAAGAAAUUUAAGAAAUAUAUGUAAGAUAUAUAUUUGAAAAUUUGCAUAGUAAUUACACAUGGAGUACUGUGGACUUGUGGACUUGAUUUUUUCUGUUUCAGUACUUCAACACUUUUAAAUACUGUAUAAUUUUUAUGCACAUAUUUGUGAACUCGGUAAUGACACUGGACGUUUGGAUUUUUUAAUUUAUAUUAAUUAUAUAAUGUAUGUCUUAUGUCAUGCCUUGUUGCUUUUGCCAAUUGUAACAUUGCAGAAUGAGUUGUGCUCUGUUGCAGAAGAUCAGUAGCUAUGCAGAUAUGCUGGUCUUCCGAGACAGACAGCCGCAGUACAGGCAUCAUUCCAGGGGUCAUUAUGGCAUUAAAGAUCUAUAGAUAAUUUCAUUCGAAACCAUACCAAAGAUUUCUAAUGUUCAGUAACACUUGAUUUGAAAGUUUCAUCAGGACUUAUAAUACAUAACAUAUAAUCACUGGAUAACAAAUUUAUUGAAUAAUGUAUGAGUGUAUUUGAAGUAUUCUUGGUGUAAGAGAAACAUGCUAAAACACUGAAUAAUUUUAAGUUGUACAUUUUUAAGUUUUAAGUUCUGUGCAAUGACAGAAAUCACUGCUUAUUCUAAAUGCAGUUUGACUUUUUCCAUCUUCAGAACAUUGAACGAACACUGUUCAUGCUAGGGGAAAAAAAGUCUAUAUUGUUUGCAAUUUUAUAAUGAGUCUUAUUGAGCAGCUGUUAAUUUCUUACUGACCUAUUUCACUGUCCCACCAGUUACAAUUGUGACCAAGAAUUUUUUUAAAGUUAGUGAAAGCACCACUAACUUUUUAAAACCUUUUUUUAGAAAAGGAAUGCUGUUUGUUUAAUUGGGCAAUCCAGGGAGUAAAAUGCAUAUGCUGUAGCAUCAGUAGCUUUGGAUUCACAUGUAAAUGUACUGGGUGAUUAAUAAGCAAUUAUCAUCUUUAAGUAAUCUUAUCUUUUGGCUCAUCAAAUUGAAAGGGAGGAGCAGAAGCAUAAAACCUGGAGAGUAACAUAAAUUCUAUCCAGGUCACGUAAUUUGUACGUAUUUGUAUGUGAAUAAUUUUAAGUUGAAAGCAGUAUGUGUGUUAUGAAGUCAUCAUGCCUUCGAAUAGUGUUGUCUUUUAUCCAAUGUGUAGAAAAAGCUUAGUUGGAUUUCUAGGUUCGAAAGAUCUCAGCUCUCCAACUCAUGCCAUAAUUAGAGAUAUAUCCGCUAGAUAUCCAAGCUUAUUGGGAAUCUAUUUUUAGAAUCAGACAGAAUAAUAAUUUAGACCUCAAUUUAGCUCAAAAGGUGUAUUGUAAGGGUGUGAGUCAGAGGAAUGAUGGCUUAUGUUGCACGUGAAAACAAAUGUAAAAAAAACAAGAAGGGUUUUAUGCCCACACACUGAAGUAUGUUCAGAAAAAACACUGUGGGGUGCUUUAGUUGCUUGAAGGGAAAACUUAUAUAUUUUGCUGUAGCAUUUUGCUAGAGUUUCAGUCUACGGAGAUACACAAAAUUGUAUUGAUAAUGAUAUACAAAUGAAUUAGCAUAGUAAGUUAUUUCUCUGUUACUGUAGGAUCAAACAUUAAUGACUGAUAUUUUUUACAGGAAUUGUAAGGGAAAGAUACUGCAAUGAAACAGUUAAUAUGUACAUUUGUGUAAGUUAUUUUUUCCUCAGCGCUGAUAUGCAUUUGCAUUUUUUAAUUGUCUAUAUAUAUAUUUCUUUUAUAAGGCUCUGUUAACGAGUCUGUGAAUGCUGUCUCUACUGUUAAUCAGGCUUGUGCAAUAUUUAGUUAUAUAUAUAUAUAUAUAUACAGUGAGGGAAAAAAGUAUUUGAUCCCCUGCUGAUUUUGUACG